AAAGUAAACAUUUCUGUGUUGCAGAAUUCCAGAUGCCAACAUGAAACAUGGACAGCAUUGCAGAAUUUUGAAAUUUAUGUGCAGCAAAUUAUUCUUUACUACUUUUCCGACCACUAGUGUACAGUCCCGCUGCACUCUCCCUGGGCCCUCCCUCUUCUCUACCUUGUGAUUUAUUUGCCUCAGUUCCAAUAUUUGUCGGCUGUGUCUUUUCUUCCCCUUGUCUAAAUGUCACCCCUUCUUCUAAGACAAUAUAGGGAGUGGGAGAGAGGGAGAACCAGGAGGCAAAUGCGUGGGACAUGGAGGAAGAGGAGGGGGUAACUCGUAAAAUGUGCAACAAAGUUUGGGAAAAUUAAACAUUAGGUGUAACACUUUUCUCACGCAUAUAAGUGGAACCAAAACGUACAGGGAUUAUCUAUAGGUGACUGACCACCAGUCAUAUUUCGAAUUCAUCUACAAAGUUUGGAAAAAAGAUACACAACAACUUUUACAUUUGCAUUUAAGGAGAAAGUUGUGCACUUUUGUGCGGUCGGUUGCACAAACUUACUUCCCUUAGGUUUCAGGUCUCGUGUCAGCAAAAUACGAUAAAGAAAAUACUCAUGGUUUUAAUUCCCACUGCUUUGAUCCUUCACCAGGGAAGCCUCCCCUUCCUCCUCCUCCCUCCUGCGUCAACAUCACUCCACACCCUGCAUCAUCCCUGUCCUCCCUCUCCCACCCUCACUCUCUACUUCCUUUAAAACCCAUCAUUCUCAUCCGACUUCUUUCACACAUUCCCGUUUCCACCUGGAAUAAACACAUGUUGGAGAUGGAAAAGAAAUGACACAAUGCUUCCCAUUUUUGAAAAGAAGACAACUUUAGUUAGCACUUCUGGGUUUGAACUUUCCCGCUUUUAGGAAUACAUUUGAGUGUUUUUCCAUUCAAUCGGACGUGUGGACUUAUUUGCAUGUUUGAAGGAUGGGUUUUUCUUGCCAUUUGUAACAUACUACAGUAAUUAUGCUUUUGCUGUCAGUAACAGAGCUGAGGAUACUGGUACAACUUUGCUGCCAGAUAUUUUGAUUUAUUUUGGAAUACCUGGCCAUCACAGAGGUAUGAUGUGAAAUGUGGGGAUCACCCCCUGAUUCUGGACCACAACCAUAAAGCCACACGUGAAGAGAAGAAGCCAGAGGGGAGGACAAAUUGCUUGGACUGUGGAGACACACAGCGUGCUGCCCAACGACCCAGCCUGACGCACGGAGACGGAGAGACAGACCGACAGUCUGAUGCCAACUGUCUCCCCUGUCAAUCUCACGGCACCACUCCUCCUCCUGUUGCUAUGGGCAACCCACUCCACCAUGGCAACCAACUGGCUCUCCCUAGGGAGGCUGCCUCGCUCCAGGCCUGUGUCGGGUGCUGCCCCGUGUGGACGGCUGAGGGGCCUUACCCCAGGACAGGUGGGAGUGUGCAGAGCACGGGGGGAGGUCAUGGAGUCUGUCCGCAAGGCAGCAGAGAUGGUUAUAGAAGAGUGUCAGCACCAGUUCAGAAAUCGCAGAUGGAAUUGUUCCACCACCCCACGAGGGAUCAACGUUUUUGGCAGAGUCAUGAACCAAGGUACCACUCACAGUAGUCAUGAUGUCACAGAAAAACGGGAUGAAACACUGAAAAUAAGAGGACCUGCAUCUUGUUUUUCAGGCACUCGUGAGGCAGCCUUUGUGCAUGCUUUAUCCUCCGCAGCCGUUGCAGUGGCGGUGACCCGAGCAUGCACCCGUGGGGAGCUGGAGAGAUGUGGCUGUGACCGGAAGGUCAGGGGCGUCAGUCCAGAAGGUUUUCAGUGGUCAGGGUGUAGUGACAACCUGUCCUAUGGUGUGGCUUUCUCCCAAACAUUUGUGGAUGAACCAGAGCGAGGCAAAGGGCUGUCCGCAGGGCGCCCGCUCAUGAACCUUCACAAUAAUGAGGCCGGUCGAAAGGCCAUCCUUCACAACAUGCAGGUGGAGUGUAAGUGUCAUGGUGUUUCUGGCUCAUGUGAGCUGAGAACCUGCUGGAAAGUCAUGCCUCCAUUUAGACGGGUCGGAAUAGUGCUCAAGGAACGUUUUGAUGGAGCUACAGAGGUUCGCUUAACGCGUAUUGGAUCCAGACCGGCUCUGCUCCCUCGUGACCCCUAUGUCAAACCCCCAGCUGCUAGAGAUCUCGUGUAUCUUUCACCGUCUCCAGAUUUCUGCCAUCUUGACCCUGACAAUGGCAUACCUGGAACUGCUGGUCGGAGAUGUAACGGGACUUCUCGGUUGGCUCCAGACGGCUGUGAGCUGGUUUGCUGCGGGCCAGGGUACAAAGCGGGCCGAGCUGAGGUGGUGCAGCGCUGCUCCUGCAAGUUCUCCUGGUGCUGCUCAGUUCGUUGCCAGCAGUGCAAGAAUACAGUCACCAUCCACACCUGCAGGGUGUAGGAUAACUGAAAGCCCAGACUGAAAAAGGCAGAAAAUCACUGACCACGGAACGGAUCAACUUAACAAAGACAAGAAAGCGGUGUCAGUGUGACUGACUUCCAUGCUUUGGUUAGAGUAUUGAUAAAAGCUCCAAAAUCAGGCCAAAAAUAAAAAAACAAAAAUCAGCACUACCAAUUGUCUGCUUCUAAUAUAAAGUUUCACUUCAGACUGCUUCAACAGGCUCAGUGCAUGAACACACUGCACAGUCAAUCACCUGACAAGGCUUUGAAAGCUGAACCUAACAACAACUAACAGCUAGCCUUUAUUUUGAAAACCCCUCUCUUUUGUGAGUAUGUAUUAGGCUAGCAGGUCUUUUUCUAUUUAUGUCUUCUUUUCGAUUCUGGUUUAUUUAUUCAUAUAUCAGAGUCUGCUUCAAUUCAGCCUUCGGCAUCAAGAAAACGUUGACUUACAUCAGUUGUGUUUUGACCUUCGCUCGCUUUACAAAUUCUUCUAUUUGCUCCUAAAUGAAAUCAGUGCUUUUAGAUCUGUUCAAGAAAUCUAAUAAAUUAGUAGUUUAUACAUAAUGCCAGCAUUUGUUUGAUUUCUUUUCUGAACUUAAAUGCUCAUAGCGGCUAGACACAACAGUAUGCCCACCUGUUGUUCAGUUUAUUGUUUGAGUACCUUAAAGGAGUUGUGGGAGCAGUUCAAGGAGGCAAAUUGUUUAUGCCCUCCUUAGCAAAACCCACCUUGCAACUUGAAUAUUAACCAUUUUCAUGAUACAAAAGUUGCUGCCAUUCUCCUCAUGAGUUAAGCAUAGUCAACGUGCAGGGUACAAACAUGAAAUACAGCCCUGAAAGCAUUUACAGCCAUGUAUCUCUAGCUAGCAGAUUCCAUCCCAUACAAUCACUCUAAACCACGACAAAUGUGUGGCACAAACGAUAAGAAACAACAAAAGAGCUGUUGUGUGCAGUCACUGGACCAAAUCUGUGUAGCACAUGAAGUGCAGAGCUUUGAAAAUGACAUGAAACCUGUUUCUGAUGAAUGCUUUGAUGCCAAAAACAAGCCUGACACGACUACAGCCUGUUCCAUUUUUGUUGCACAAGUGCAAUGUAAUCUUGCAAGGAAGCUUGUUGUGUAAACACAUCAUAUACAAAAGCCAAGUCACACUUGUGGUUGUCUACAUGGUGAGAACUGUAGCCUGAUAAACUGAACUGUUAAACAGAAACUUUCUCAAAGCUAAAAAACAAACAUUUUCCUAAUUUUUCCACUUAAAAAUAAAAUUCAGCAAUAUCCAUGUGCAGCUUGCCUUUUAUAUUCAAAAACCAAAAAGAUCUGUAUCAUAAUGGUAAAAUAGUGUAAGACGUUUACUUUGGGCCUACACGGUGGUGUAGUGGUUGGCACUCUUUCCCGACAGUAAGAAGGCACUAGUUCUAAUCCCAGCUGGGACCUUUCUGUCUAGAGUUUGCAUGUUCUUCUCAUGCAUGCCUGGGCCUUCUCCAGCUUCCCCUCAAAGUCCAAAAACAAGCUUCAUAGGUUAGUUGAUGAUUCUCGGUAUGCAUGCGACUGAGCGGCCCAGCGACAGACUGGAAUCCUGCUUAAGGUGCGUCCCUCCCUUCACCCAAACACAAGCUGGGAUAGGCUCCAGCAGCCCAGUGACUCCAAAAGGGAUAAAGCAGGUUUAGAGAUUGGAUGGAUGUUAUUUUCCAAACUAAUUCUUCUAUUCUAUCUAUCUCAUACAACUGCUCAGUGGCCAAUCUUGCACACAUUGUUAUAAAAUUGAGAUGUUCCUGUAAAAACACCUUCAGCAGAGACACAUCUCAGACUCAGUCUUACUCCUAAAGCAAAGACCUCAAAAUUAUAAACUGUGAUGGGGUUUCUUUCAGUUAGAUGUCUGUUCUGUCUGAGAUUGUGCAUCAUUACUAGAAAAGCCUUUUUCAUACGUGUUACAGUCAACACUGAAGUUGAUGCUCAUAAGUAAGUUGAGAGAAACAAGACAAGAAGCAGUAAGAAGCGUUAAACUUCAUGACUGAAAAAUGUACUCAAUUUUUCCCCCUCCUUAGAUACGUUCUUAAAAAAACAAAACUACAUUAUUUUUGGAAAACCAAUUUAUUAAAAAUUCCUGUGAUUACAAACGCCCAGAAUUUCCCUAGAAAAGGUAAAAAUCUUUAUCCUGAUUAAGAAUAAAUCAAAGAUACCAAAAAUCUAUAUUUUAUUUAUUGCUUUUCUCUGAAAAACAACAAAAAAGAUUGAUCUCGAUUAAGUAAAAAUUCAAGUUUCAAAAUAAAAACAUUUUAAAUUCUAAAAUUUCCCCAAAACACAUUACUUAAUUUGUAUAAUACAUAUAAAAAAAUAGAACAAAAAAUGAAUAAAUCACCUGAUGGAAGUCAAACUGGCGAAACACACCAAGCCUUUGUAAACGUCAAAGGGAGUUGGUGGACAGUAGCCAUGGCAAACAGUCAUAUUUGUUUGGAGUGAUAUUACAUCUAUUAUGCAUUCAUUAUUUAAUAAACAGAGGGCUAAAAAAGCAAAUAGAGUACCACUCAAGAACAUAUAUUUCUAAAAGCUUUCAAAAAAAAAAAAA